AAUUCAGGUUCCCGUAACGAUAGAGGCACAGGCACAGGCACAGUUAGUGUUGAGUGACAGGCGGAGUGAGGGAAAAAUAAAACUAAAUAAUAUUAAAAAAAAAAGAAAAAAGAAAGUAUAGAACAUACAGGUGAGUCGAUCGAUGAGAAUCAGGAGCUACAGACAAAGAUGGCCGGCGAUGCACCCAAUUCGAAGCGAGACGGCGGCGCCAGGUCCUCGCAGCUCCAAGUGCAACUGGGUGACGAUCUGGGCAUGGAGGUAGAGGUGGGCGUGGAUGCCGCAUUGGCGGAAGGCAAUCUAAUAUCCGGCGGAGGCGUCGUCGGCGGCGGCACCAGCAGCGACGAACCGAGCAGUUCCAGUGACACGGAUAGCGACUGCAACGAAGCUGAGAGCAACUCCGACACGGAUGUCAACGCCAUGCUGGACACUGGCCACGAGAACUGCUGCGAGUUCGGGCCACACAGCCUCAAGUACAGUCCCCUGGACGGGGACUCUGACAUCGAGCUGGACGACGUGGAGAUAUUCUGCGAGGAGACCAUCGCCCUGCUGGCCCACGAAAUCCUCUGCUGCGAAGGCGAAAGUGACUCCGAAUCGGAGUCCGAGUCGGAGGCGGAGGCGGAGAAGGCCCAGGACCAGGGCCAGCUCGACGGCAGCCUGGAGUACGGACUGCAGAACCCCUACCAGUUGAUGUUCAGCGAGGAGGACGAGGAUGGCGCCGCCAAAGGCAACGAGGACGAGGGCCAGAGCCCCCUCGACACUUCGAUGACCAGCCAGACAUUUCUCUUGACGGAUCAGGACGAUCCGGAUAGCGAGGAGAAGCCGCAGGCCAAAAAGGAGGCCCACUUCGAUUAGGAGAGCUCUGAUGGAUGGAAUUGUAACCUGUUUUAGUAUCUUUACGUCCAAGGCUGAGUAAAUGCAAUUCUCCAACAGUGA